UCAAUAUGGCGAAUAUAUAAACAUGAAAAUGGAAACAAAUGUUUCGCAGCAUUAAAUCUCAAUACUAAUGAGAUUGCUAAAAAAUAGUAAAAAAUAUUAAUUUAAUGCUGACGGAAGUAAAAGCUGAAGGAAACGAUUUAGAAUAUUUAUUAAAAGUUUUGAAGCUGUCCUAAUUGAGUCAAUGGCUAAUACUCAACCAAGUGCUGGAGUUGACAAGCGAAAACAUCCAUUUGGAGACUUAGGUAAACCAACCCUUCGAGGAGUUCGCAAGUGUCCUAAAUGUGGAACUUUCAAUGGUACACGCGGAAUCAGCUGCAAGAAUAAAGACUGUGACGUUGUGUUUAAAGAAAGGGAAAGGAAAAAAGGCCAUAGUGCUGAGUCAGUGAAGAUUUUAACUGGUUCAAAUUACCAGCUGUUUUCUGUGCGCUUGAGAGACCGUGGGCCUGAUUACAGAGGCUUUGUUCAACUCCCAUAUAUACAAGAUGUAGACGGGAACCCGGCCACUGUAUAUGACACCAGUCUCCUUAUAGCCACAUCAAUGUGUUACGUUGAGAGUUGUAAUCGACACGAAACCCCUGAUUCUAGUACCAAUUUGAAAAUGGGAAUGGAGACAUGUGUUCAUAUUCGCUCAGCAAUAGAAUGCACUCAGCAAGCACAACCUAUAGGUUUAAAGAAUUCAAUAUUAAACAGUUUACAGGUAUCUAAUGAAAUGAGACAAGCUAUAUGGCUCCUAGCCACAGAAACAUCAGGGCCUGUUGUACAAAGGGUGACCAAAAAUAUCAUGGUAGUCAAAUGUAAAGUGACUGCUAAACAGCCUUUAGGAUUUUUACAUUGUGCUUUCUUUGAAACAAUGCGGAAUAGACAACAUCCCUACUAUAAGUUCCAGUGCACAUGUAGAGCAUUUAAGGUUAGAAAUUCACCAGCAAGAGAAGAUGUAUCUAAGCGUUGUGUGCAUUUUUAUGCCUGCAUUUGUGCUUUUGCUAGUGAUGAAAAAUUGAUGGAAGAAUUUUCACAUUAUAUAAAUUUAGAUCAAGUAGCAACUCUUAGCCCAGAGCAUCAAGUGCUAGCCAUGUACCAACAAGUGGAAGAUACCCUUACAGUCACUGCUGAUACAGAUGCCAUAGAAGUUAUUAAAUCAGAGGAGGAUUUACUGGUACCAGCGCCAGAUAAAAAGUUGAAAAAAGAAGACUCCAUUGCCCAAGCAAGCAGUGCACUUCUGACAUUACAAGAACAAAAACAGCCAUUACCAGUGAGUUUGUUCUCUGCCCAACAAGCCAGUCCAGUGAAGGAAACAACCCACGCAGUACAGUUUCAGUUUCAGCAGCAGACAACUAAGUAUCAAGCCCCCAAAAGAAUGGCCUAUCCAGCAACCAUAGAUGAGUACUCAGCCUCUGUCAGUUUCCAGCAGUGGUUGGCUAGUGUGACAGAAAGAAUCAACCAGACUAUGCACUAUGGUUUCUCUGGUACACCUGAUCCCCUAGUUUUUCAUGCCCCGCAAGUGUUUUUUGACUGCUUGCAACAAAGGAUUUCAGCUGGGACUAGAAAAAAACGGUUGCCCAAUUUCACCACAGGUUUUGUUAGAAAAGAAGCAUUACCACUGGGAACUUUUACAAAAUAUACAUGGCAUAUUACAAACAUUGCACAAGUCAAACAAAUCUUUGAUUCCCAGGAGAUAACACUGGAUCUCACUCGUAGUUUUGUAGAAAAUAGAGAUGGUACUUAUGAUCCUUAUGAAGCGCCAAGAGCUGAUGCGUUCAAUGAAACUAAAUUAAAAAAUCACACACCAAUUCGGCCUUUUGAAUUGAAAACAUAUUUGAAAGUUGGCCCAUCGAAUGAGCAGAAAGAAUCCACACCCUUUAUUAUUGAAUGGAUUCCUGACAUUUUGCCUCGAUGUCAUAUAGGUGAGCUCCGCAUCAAAUUUGAAUAUGGACAUCAACGUAAUGGUCAGAUAGAGCAACGAAAUCCAAGUGGUAUGACAUCAGCAGAUAUAUCUCUACAGUCUCAAGCCAUUCAACUUAGAGAAAUAAUGCCCAGCUAGCUUUAGCUCUGCCAGAGUGGAUCAUUAUGUUGGUAGAAAAUCUACCAGAGUGGAUCAUUAUCAGGGGCGUA